UACCACCUCCACUGUCACCACCACUGUCAUCAUCACCACCAUCCUUGUCAUCACCACUACCACACCACCACCAGCAUCACUACCAUCACCAACAUCACCAUUACAACCAUCACCACCACUACCAUCAUCAUCAGUACCCUUUUCAGCCCUGCCUUAGCCAUAGUCCCACUUUUUGAUCCCAGCCCGUAGCCUACUAACUCCAACCAAACUCCUUACUCCCUGGACCAGGCUCCACCCCACCCCAACCCACCACCAACCCCUCUCCCCCGCCUUAUGGCUGUUCCGUUGUUUUUAUUGUUGUUGUUAUUGCUUAACCACCAUGUCAGGCCCACACUUAACAGGAAUUCCAAAUAUGACCACCCCAACAUUACUGUCACAUAGGGCAAAUUGUAUCUGGACUACGUUUACUAAAGGUUCGUGGGGGAAUUCGGCUGCUAUUUCUGCAAGGCUUAGCUACCACUUGUUUAAUUUUUCCUUCCCCCUCCUCCCCACAUCCACCAAGGCAUUCAUCUCUCCUCCCCCCUGUAUCCACCUGUGCAUAUCUCUCCUCCCACCAAACCCAUUUAUCUUUACCCCCUACCAUCCACAUUUACCUCCCCCCACCUCAUAUCCGCCUACAUAUUCAUUUCUCCCCCACGCCCCCCCAUGUCCAAUAAUGUCGUUCCAACCCUCCUCCCCCCCAUUUCUCUGCCAACGCAUUUAAACCCCCCCCUUCCAACCCCCACAUCCACCGACAACACCAGCGCAUUUGUCUCUCCUUCCUCCUGUCCAUUCACCUCCAUCCCUUCCUUCCUCUCCACAUUCAUCUGUUCCCCCCUCAUGUCCACCAUACAUCUCUCCUCACACCCCCAUGUCCACCACCACCAAUCCCUUUGGCUUUUCUCUACCCUCCUCCCCUUCUCUGUGAACACAUCUGCCCUCCCCCUCAUUCCACCCCCCCAAUGCCACUGGCACCUUCAUCUCUCCUCCCACCACUCCUUCAUGUCUACCCAUAUGUUCAUCUCUCCUCCCACCCAUCUCAUACCCACCAACACAUUCAUCUUGCCCUACGCAUCCCUCUCUCUCCCUCCCACCCAUCCACCGACGCAUUCAUCUCUCCUCCUCCUCCCUCCAUCACCCUCGACACACCCAUCCCUUUCCCUACCCCAUACCCACCUUUCAUCUUCCCCUAUGCAUCCACCUCUCCUCUCUCACCAUUCCACCCCACCCCAUAUCCACCGACGCAUUUAUCUCUCCUUCACAAAGGCCCACCCAAACUACUCAGCUCUCCACCACAUUGUGCAUCCCCCCUCCCCCGACCCAAUCCUUCCUCCCCUGGACAUUACCAGACUGGAAUCCCCCCUGCUUCAUCCAUGUAUAUUUUUAUUAUCCAGCAGUCAUCAUCUCUUAGCUGAUCAGAAAGACCAGCAUAUAUUAACUUACCUGUCACCAUACAGGUGUGUUAUGUUACACACAUAUAUAGACGAUGCCAUGAAGAUUGGUUUGGAACUAACAUGUCGCCAGAAAUUAAACUGUCAUCUUUACAGGUGUCUCAUUAACUUACCUGGUGUGUCGUUAUCUUACCUGUCGUGAAAAAUUAUUUAAUGCAACCAUGAACCCAAAGCUUCACAUCUUCAAUGUGUUGCUACUUUCUGUUCUCUAGGGAGCAGAAAUGUAGCCCCUCACAAAAGCCCUGACAACUUACCUGUCUGUCUUAAAAUACAAUUCAGUGUGAUCUACAAAUUUGUUACAUGUUUUGAACUAACAUGCAAGUCACCAGAACAUCAUGUCACCAGAAAUUAAACUAUCACUUUUACAGGUGUCUCAUUAACUUACCUGGUGUAUCGUUAUCUUACCUGUCGUGAAAAAUUAUUUAAUGCAACCAUGAAUGCACUUUAGUGCACUGCUCUGUCUCCCGAAAGACAAAGCUUCACGUCUUCAAUGUGUUGGUACUUUCUGUUCUCCUCCAUGGAGCAGAAAUGUGGCCCCUCAGAAAGGCCCUGACGACUUACCUGUCUGUCUUAAAAUACAAUUCAGUGUGAUCAUGUAAUCAGAAACAAGGCUGUCAGGUGUGUCAUCUAAUUACCUGUCGUACAUAUCUUUUCAGUAUCAUAUAGUCAAAAAAUAAAUGACCACCUCUACAGAUUUGUUACUACGUGUUUUGCAAGUUAACAGCAUCAUGUUACCAGAAAUUAAACUAUUACUUUUACAGGUGUCUCAUUAAUUUACCUGGUGUGUUGUUAUCUUAUCUGUCAUAAAACAUGAUUUAAUGCAACCAGAAACAUUAAUUUACCUGUCAUCAUGCAGGUAUGUUAUUUUACCAGUCCAAAAUAAAAGUUGUAAAAAAUGUUAUACCUUGACACCAGAAACAAGACUCGUUAUAUAGGUGUGUCAUUGACAUCAUACAGGUAUUUUGUUAUCCUACUUUUCAUCAGAAAUGAAAUUCACCAUACAAGUAUGUCAUUAAUUUACCUGUCAUGAAACAUUAUUUAAUGCAACCAUGUAACCAAAAACUAUCAUCAAACAGGUAUGUCAUUCACUUACCUGUGUAAAACGCAAGUUAAUGGUAUCGUGCGACCAGGAGCAAGACUGUCACCAUACAGGUGUGUCAUUAUCUUACCUAUCAUCAUACUUACCUGUCAGAAAAUAAAAGAUAAUGGUAUUGUAUCACCAAAACUGAGAAUAUCACAAAACAGGUGUGUUGUUAUCUUACCUGUGCAAAAUAUAAUUUAAUGGUAUUGUGUCACCAGAAACAAGAAAUCAUUAUUCAAGAUGUGUUAAAUUACCUGUCAAAAAUGCAAAUUAAUGAUAUUGGUAAAACUGAAAUUCAACUACUAAAAUUCCAGGUGUUUUAUCAACUUACCUGUUAUUAAGCAUGAAUAAAUGUUAUUUCACCAGAAACUAGACUAUUACUAGUCCAGGUGUGAUAUUUAUUUACCUAUGUACAACACAAAUUUGUGGUAUAGUUUAAUCAGAAAAUAAAAUAUCACAAUUUCA